UCAACUAAAUCAAGGAAGCUUAUACUACUGAUUCCUCUUUGAGAUUGUAGUGAUGUUCCCAUAACUUACGAUGUUACAACACAACAGAAUUGUCACAAGACUCCAGUGACGGAACAGGUCUUUUUGUCUGUCCCUGGACUUGUCUUGGAGACUCUACUAUGGACCAAGAUGUAUUAGAUGUAUCUCUUUAUCUCCUCUUAUCUUAUCUAGUCAAUCAAUGAAUGCAAACCGGUUCUUGAAACUCUGUUUGUACGCCAGGACAAGAUGAGGAAUGUGUGAGCUUUGUGCCUGUGAGACCUUGAUCCCCUUGGCCUGGGUAUGCUGACAAGAGUUUCAACAAUCGAUUCCUGUGCGUGAGACUGAAGCUAACAUUAAAGAAGGAACCUCUGAGCAUACUGAAGAGUGUUUUACAGGUUUUGUUUCCCAAUCCCCUGCAAAUAGCAAGAACUGUGAAUACUGUUGCUACAACGCUACAUCUAAUGAUCAGCUUAGUUCGGACUUCAUUGCCAGAUUUAAACACAUAUCAAAAUGGCACCAGAGCCACUGGAUAUCUCUGAGCAUGAGUUGCUCUUCAAAGCAACGGAUAUCUCUUAUCAUGAGUUGCUCUUCAAAGCAACCAAUUUAUCCAAACUGGCCUCCAUAGAUUUGUCUCAGUACCUGGAGGCAUACAUGAGGAAUAUUAGAAAUCUCCACAAUAACUCCUCAGCAGUAAAAGAAAUGGAUUUUGCUGAAGCUGCGAUGGUGAUUCAGAAUUCACUGAUUAUCUUUGCCAAGAAUAUCGACUCAAUUUGGGCAAGAGCUAUGAGCAUACGGCUUGCUUUAUCUGCUAACAUAAAAUAAAAAUAUUGAUAUGAAACUAGACAAGAAAGAGGAUAAACUAGCAAAGCAAUCAGAUAAACUUGUCCUCCCCACCUCCUUGAACACCAAAAGUGGUUAAUAAAUCGAGAGAUAUUUUCACUUCUGAAGGAGAAGCAGUCUGGAAAAUGGAUGAAUUCAGAUUAUUUUGGCCCAUUACGGAAAGCGGUUACCUUCAAGAAGAUUAUGAACCUGAAGAUCGGUGUGUGUUUCCUGAAAGAAUCAUCAAACACAGUUUUACAGAGGCUCCCGGGCAUCCUGUUAAUGAGGAAAUUUUCAAUAAUGACAUGGAUCACUCGAUGAUGGACGGACACAAUCCUCUGUCCCUGCCUCCUCCAAAACCACCACCAACCCCUCCGCCUAUGGACCUUCCCAUGAACGAUUCGCCUGAAAGUUCAAAAGAUUCUCAAGAAGAAACUGAGAAAGAACGCGAGUGUCGGCAGAAGUCAGUAUAAAAUGCUGUUUGAACUUUCAGGUGUGGGCACACUUUCUUUGAUAAAACAUGAAUUUAUUGGAAAAGCUGUAUUUAUUUUUCUUCCAAUUUUUCAGGCAAUUAUGUUUGCAAGUAAAUAUAAAAUAUCUGAAACGCCAAGGAUAAAUAUGCCUAGUUUUCUACCUAAGAAAUGUCUUUAUUGGAGGAAAUUUAGUAGCAUUUGAAUGUUCUUAUGGCGAUUAUCCAAAGCACGUCACAAGAAAAUAGAAUGGUUUGACUUUGACCUGAGAAACUGAGGAA